UCCGCCGCAGACCACUACCUCUUCCAGCCGGGCGCAGAGGCCAUCCGCUUCGUCUUCCACGCCGGCGAGACACACGAGGGGAAGCGAGGGUUCAGGAUCAGGUACGAGGUGAUGACCACGUGCCCGGGGCCAUACCAGACGCAGAAUCCCCCGAUCUCUACGAUACCAGGCACGUCGGGGGCUCCGUGCUACACCCGUAUCACGGACUCGCGGGGGACUAUUAACACGCCUUACUACCCAAAGAAAUAUCCUGAGAGCCUGGACUGCGUCUACGAGUUUAUCAGGUCGGGCGAAGAAGUCUGCGGGAUCCGGAUGCAGACGGUGAACUUCGAGAUGGAGAACCCGGUCAUGACGUUCUUCGGGGGCGCCUGCACGGACUUCCUGCACCUGCCAUCGUGUGGGUUCCUCUGCGGCAAAAUCAACUUCUCUUGGGUAGCCGAGUACCAGCCUGGCGCGACGAGUCUGAAAUUCCACUUCCACUCGGACGAAACCACGGGCUACCUUGGCUUCCUCGUCAGCUUCGAACAAGUGACGCAGUGCUGACAUCGCUGACAAGGUGUUCCCUCCCCCUUUUUAUCACCUGCUCUGUGUAUCCAUCCGCUCCUGACGAAGAAGGCCGUCGCUCAUCUCGUGCUCUGACCUUAUUUGCGUGUGUGAGCUUGUCUGAGGUCAGGAAACACGAGGUGGCAUUUCAGGAGGGUUCAACUCAUCCGAUUGUUCGGAUGGCUUUGGCCUCGGCUUUAGAAGGAAAAAUUGUGUUUGUAUACACACAUACACACGCAUACAUGUACAUACUGUGUGGAUAUCUGUAUAUGUUAUAUAGACACACACACACACACACACACACACACACACACACACACACACACACACACACACACACACACACACACACAUUAAUAUAUUUAUAUAUGUAUAUAUGUAUAUAUAUAUAAAUAUAUAUAUGUAUAUAUAAUGCAUAACAAUUACCAAUCAUCCUAACAAUGUGUUAUGAAGAGUCUACAGAGAUAUUAAGAUUUCCAAAAUGUUUCACAUAUUGCUUUACGAGGAAAAGCAAAUUCGCAGAAAUAUCUCUUGUAAAUCAAUUUUCAUCUUUUGUCUUGCAUUCCUCGUAAAGGUUAUAUUAUUCAUUGUAUUACUCCAUAAUUUCCUAACAAUCUGAGGGUCUCGCUGAUAUUUGACAAUGAACGAAAGAAGGAGAGAAGGACGUGGUUUUGUAAAAGACAGUUCAGAAGCUUUAUUCUCCAUUGGGCAUUUUGGUAAUUUUAUCCUGAAGAAGCGGUGGACUGUAAUGAUAGUACUGAAUUAGUAAUGAAGCUGAUAAUGAAAGUCAAAAGCCCUCAGGUCGUGUAAAUCAUAUACAGCAUAGUUUACCUUUAAAAGUACGAAUUUCUUUGAAAGGUUUGUCAUAGAAAACGACAAAUUUGUAAGGUCAACUAAAGUAAUAAAGAAAAUUAGGAUCCUCUCAUAGAAAACGAAAAUUUUGUAAGGAAUAACUAAAGUAAUAAUGAAAUUUGGGAUCCUCUUCCGGAAAAUGAACAUAAAUAGAAUUACUAAAAAGGCCAUAAAACGACAAGAUGCAUGCACUGUUUAACGUUCGCAGAUAUUCUUCUGUAGUUUAAUUCUAUAACAUGAUGUUAAGACAUCUGA